CACGCGAAAAGCGCCAGAACACUCCACAACCUUAGCAAUGGUGCAGCUGCUGUGGGAAGUGGUUGGUGGGGCUGACACAGGUGGGAUUCUGGUGCGCAGUGGUCAAGAGCUCACUUCUUCCAAGCAUUCUGAGCGACUUUCCACUGGCGCGCUGGUUGAGGAGCUUUGCUUGGCUGGGGAGCGGCUCCACUACAAACGUCAUAGCGGCAAAGGCCCAGAGCAAGGGUGGGUCUCUGUCCGGGUUGGGCCGAAGGAGCUGGUCGUCCGGAAAGGUGAAGGACAUGAAACUCAAAGUUCCUCUCACAAAGCGGGCGGUUUCCAGCAAAAAAUUGGCACAGGAAAGAAGGUUCGCAUCCUUGGCCUACAAGGUGAAGAGCACCAAAAGUACAAUGGGAAGAACGGAGCGAUCAUGGGCUUUGAUCCUGCAACAGGUAGAUAUUCUGUGAAGGUGGUGGUUCUGAGUGACAAAGCCGUUGGCCUACAAUCUGAGGGAGCCACCAUCUUGCUCCUGAAGCAGGACAAUGUGGAACUUCAUCCAGACCAGAUCGAGCGAGACCAAGUCGGGAAUGGCGACGAGAUCGUUCUGUUGGGAGCUGGCGAUGCAAAGAGGAGACUGUACGAGGUUAGACUAGACCCGCAGUACUGGUACGAUAAAGCCAUUGAGAGAGUGCUCGAAGCAAAGAAUGAUUUCGAAGUAUUGGAUCUCACUCCACAAUUCAUUCCUGACAUGAGUGUGCUGAAGAAGGCCUACCGCAAGAUUUCGCUGGCUGUUCAUCCAGAUAAGAACCAGCAUCCUCAAUCGGCGGAUGCCUUCCGUAAAGUCUAUGGAGCCUUCGAGACCUUGAUGGACCUUCGACAACAAAGGAGGUUGCUAUGGAUUCUGGGAAAACUCACCCCGGACAUGGAGGAGCAGGUGACCUUUGACGAGGAAGAGGAAGACGAACUCUUCCAGUGGUGGUGGGAAGCCACGGUGCCCGAAAUUGAGAAGCAGGUCGCUGAAUUUGAGGGCCAGCAGUUUGACGAAUAUGGAGCAAUGUGGAUCUCCGAUGGGCUUGGUGGAGAUGUGGGGGAGGUGAAGUGGAUCGGGCUGGAAACUGCCAAGCGAUUGCACAAAGAAGAGGAGGGUGUCAUCUUCAUUGACGUGCGGGACCGCAGAGAUUUUGUGGCUGGCCACAUUGCUGACGCCUACUGCACGCCUUUGCCAGAAAUCAUUGAUUAUGGGCUGGUAAAUGUCUUCAUGGCAGCGGAUGACCAGCUCAUCCACAAGCUUUUGAAGCACAGAACGAAGCCUAUCAUAGUUUACAGUGAAGUCGCUACUCCAUUCUCUCGCUGCAGGGCCUUCUGCCGGUGGCUUCUACGGGCAGGUCACCAAACCAUCAAGGUGGAGCGGGUGAGAAGACUUCGUGGAGGCAUCUUCGGGUGGAAGCACAAAGAUGGUCACGGCCUCGGCCUUUGGACAGGACACCACUUACGAGCUUGCAGACGAACCUCAUGGUGGCCUAGCAGCGGCACUCAUCUCGUCUACAGGUCUUUUGGCAGACUGAGGGGACAAAUGCACCCUCCAGCCGACUCGACUCUGGCUCUCGUGACUCGACUCUGACACCGAAAGAUCUUCGGAAGUCUUCCUGUCUUCGGGUGAUGGGCAGCCUCGCGCGGCGAAGCCGCCAUGCGACGAAGCCUGCCCUCCCCCCCCUGCGCGCCGUCUCUGCAAAGAGAAAA